CUUGGUAAACGUUACGAAACUGAAUUUUGUCGGCAUGUCAAAUGAUGGAAAAAAUCUGGCUGAUAUUGUUAAAAAUGUGCACAGGCGAUUGCGCCAAGAAUUGUAUAAAACUGGGGACUUGGAAUCUGUCUGGAUUAAUCAUUGUAGAAAUGUGCCAUGUUUAAAGAAAUAUGCAAGCAGCAUGCAUAAACUUGCAACUGAACAUUGGGAACAACUUGGAGUUUCUAAUCCAGCCACAUCAAGAAUCAACUGGACUUGGUCUUUUCUCCAAUAUUACUUCUUUUCUGGUGGUUUGCAACAGCACAGACAGAAAUCCAAUUCAGAUACUGAGUGGCCUAAAUUGAUAUUGAAUGAGUCAAAAGUAGCAGUAUUAGAUGUGGGAAGCUGCUACAACCCAUUUGGAGAAUAUGAAGAGCUUGAUGUUCUGUCAAUAGAUCUGUGUCCAGCCCUUGAAUCGGUUUACCAGUGUGACUUUCUUAACAUCCCUCUUGGAAAAACAACGGUGAUUGAUGGCCAAAGUGUAUUGAGUUUGGCAACCAACCAAUUCCAUUGCAUAGGUAUACUUUGCAUUUUUUUCCUUUUGCUGGAAUAUUUUCCCUCUCCAAGUCAACGAUGGACUUGCUGUGAGAAAGCCCACCUGCUUUUGCUAAGAGAAGGAAUACUCAUAAUCAUCACUCCUGAUUCUAAAGCAGCUCACUCAAACUCAAAAGUUAUGAGGAGUUGGCGAGAAGCUCUUAGUGCCAUCGGAUUUAAGCGCAUCAAGUACGAAAAGCUGCAACAUGCUCAUUGUAUGGCCUUCCGUAAAAAUUCGGUUGAGUCUGUACUAAAAGCCGAAGACCGUGAACUUUUAGCAUCAAAAAUGUAUAUCCCGCAGGAUUUUUACAACCCCAGUGAUUCAGAGAACGAGGAAAAGGACGAAAUCAAGUUUACAGAAGCAGAACUUGCCGAAGGAUUCACUAACUUGCCUUUGUUUGAUGAAUGAAUUUUUAAAAAAUUUGAUACAA